AUGCUCACAGAUCACGAUCGUCGUAAACAAAUCAGCGUACGUGGUAUUGCUCAGGUGGAAAAUGUUGCAAAUAUCAAGAAAACUUUUAAUCGUCAUCUGCAUUUCUCAUUAAUAAAGGAUCGAAACGUGGCAACUCCGCGUGAUUACUACUUUGCAUUGGCAAACACAGUAAAGGAUCAUUUAGUCAGCCGAUGGAUCCGUACUCAGCAAUAUUAUUACGACAAAGAUCCAAAACGCGUUUAUUAUCUUUCGCUCGAAUACUAUAUGGGUCGUACUUUGUCAAAUACAAUGAUGAAUAUCGGUAUUCAAGCAGCUAUUGAUGAAGCUUUGUAUCAGCUUGGAUUGGAUGUGGAAGAAUUACAAGAAAUCGAGGAAGAUGCUGGUCUUGGAAACGGCGGUCUCGGUCGUUUGGCUGCGUGCUUUCUCGAUUCCAUGGCAACUUUGGGAAUUGCUGCUUAUGGAUAUGGUUUGCGCUAUGAAUACGGAAUCUUCAAGCAACUCAUCCGUGAAGGCUGGCAGGUUGAAGAACCAGAUGACUGGUUGCGAUUUGGCAAUCCGUGGGAGAAAUCACGUCCGGAAUAUAUGCUUCCGAUCAAUUUUUACGGCAGAGUUGAAAAAGAUGCAAAUGGCAAUAGCAAAUGGGUAAAUACUCAGCUUGUAUUUGCUAUGCCGUACGACACACCCGUCCCUGGCUUCCGCAAUAAUGUUGUCAACACUUUACGUUUAUGGUCCGCGAAAGCUGAGAAUAAAUUCCAUCUUAAAUUCUUCAAUGAUGGCGAUUAUGUGCAAGCUGUUAUGGAUCGUAACAUAUCAGAAAACAUCACUCGUGUCCUCUAUCCUAAUGAUAAUAUCUUCAUUGGUAAAGAAUUACGUCUAAAACAACAGUAUUUCCUGGUGGCUGCUACUUUGCAAGACAUUAUCAGACGUUUUAAAUCGAGCAAAUAUGGUUGUCGUGACGCAGUGCGAUCAAGUCUAGACAGUUUCCCUGACAAAGUUGCAAUCCAACUGAAUGACACUCACCCAUCAAUCGGUAUCCCCGAACUCGUGCGCUUAUUUGUUGAUAUUGAGGGAAUACCGUUUCCUAAAGCUUUCGAUAUUUGUGUGAAAACAUUUGCAUAUACGAAUCAUACUCUUCUCCCAGAGGCCCUUGAAAGAUGGCCAGUUUCGUUACUCCAAAAUCUACUGCCCCGACAUCUUGAAAUUAUAUACCAAAUCAAUCAAGUUUUCAUGGAUGCGGUAGCUGCACGAUACCCCGGAGAUCUCGACCGUAUGCGACGCAUGUCAAUCGUUGAAGAAGCAGAUGGAUUUGCCGAGAAACGGAUUAACAUGGCACAUUUGUGUAUCGUUGGAUCACAUGUUACAAAUGGUGUCGCAGCGCUACACUCAGAUCUCUUGAAAAAAACUGUCUUUAAAGAUUUCUAUGAAUUCUUCCCUGAUCGAUUCCAGAACAAAACCAAUGGUAUUACUCCUCGCCGUUGGCUUUUGCUGGCAAAUCCAUCGCUUGCUGAUAUUAUAUGUGAGAGAAUCGGUGAAGACUGGAUAACUAAUCUCGAUAAAUUACAAGGAUUGAAGAAAUAUGCAGACGAUGUGGGAUUUUUGGAUUCGAUCCGUCGGGUGAAGCAAGAAAAUAAGAUGCGUUUAGCACAGUUUUUAAAUGACGAAUAUAACGUUGAAAUAAAUCCUUCGAGUAUAUUUGAUAUACAUGUGAAACGAAUUCAUGAAUACAAACGUCAGCUAUUAAACAUACUACACGUUAUUACACUUUAUAAUCGUAUUAAAGCGAAUCCAAAUGUUAAUAUUACAUCGCGUACUGUUAUAUUUGGAGGAAAGGCAGCACCUGGGUAUCAUAUGGCUAAACAGAUCAUCAAAUUGAUUGGUUCAGUUGGGGACAUUGUAAACAAUGAUCCAAUUGUUGGUGAUAGAUUAAAGGUGAUAUUUCUCGAAAAUUAUCGUGUUUCUUUGGCAGAGAAAAUAAUUCCUGCCGCAGAUCUCAGCGAACAAAUCUCAACUGCUGGUACGGAAGCUAGUGGUACAGGCAAUAUGAAAUUUAUGUUGAAUGGUGCAUUAACUAUUGGUACACUUGAUGGAGCUAAUAUAGAAAUGAUGGAAGAAAUGGGUCGGGAAAAUAUUUUCAUCUUUGGUAUGGAAGUCACGGAUGUUGCUGAACUUUCUAGAAAAGGUUACAACCCUGAGGACUUCAUCAGGAAAAAUUCUGAAUUAGCUCAAAUUAUUGAGCAAAUUGAAAGUGGGUUCUUCACACCUGAUGAGCCAGCUUUGUUGCAAGAUGUUGCAUUGUGCUUAAGAAAAUGGGACCGUUUUAUGGUAUGUGCUGAUUUCGAAUCAUUCAUCAAGUGUCAACAAGAAGUCGAGAGUGUUUAUCAGAAUCCUGAAAAAUGGGCAAAAAUGGCUCUGAUGAACAUUGCAAGUUGUGGAAAAUUUAGCACUGAUCGUACAAUUGAAGAAUAUGCUCGAGAAAUUUGGAAUGUAGUCCCAGGGGAAGUAGCUUUACCUGCGCCAUUUGAGAAUCCUGAUCAUCAGAUAAAUCAUGAGAGUCCACGCAACAGUUGA